UGCUGGAGCUCAGUCACACUGAAACCUUGGAACCAACAUUGUUGGUGCACAGUGAGGACUCAGCAAUCUGCCACCAAGCUGCUAAUACCACCAGGGGUUUCUCUGCACUACAAAUAAUCCAAAGUUCAGGCAAGCUGCAGGAAUUUAAGAGGCGAUUACUUACUGCAACACGCUGCAGAACACGACAACUUUUGCUGCUUUCAAUGUUUUUUUAAUUCUAUUUUUAUAAAAACGUGUCUGGAGCAUUUACCGGGAUUUUUUUGAAGAGUUAAUAUCAUCGGUGUUUCCAUGAAAAUCUUAGACUUCUAAAUAGUACUUUAAAGAUGUUAUAAGAAACAAAACUAGGAAAAUUUUACAGGAUACAGCAUCACCAGCUUUAGUCACCCUGUGGAGUUCUACCAGUACAAACAAUGGCAUUUGGUGACCUCCUGGAGCAGGUGGGCAGCACAGGACGCUUCCAGAUCCUGCAUGUGACCCUCCUUGCAAUCCCCGUUUUCAUGAUGGCAAGUCAUAACCUGCUGCAGAACUUUGUGGCCGCCGUGCCCGUUCACUACUGCAGCGCUCACACUAACCUCUCACAGUCCCGGCUGAGCACCGAGCAGACGCUGCUCAUCUCAGUGCCAUUGGACCACCAAGGGAAGCCGGAGAGAUGUAGGCGUUAUGUUACUCCACAGUGGCACCUCAUCGCUGUGAAUGGAACGUCCAGCUCAUGGGGACAGGGAGACGGAGAGGAAGAAUGGGGGGAGGCAGACCUGCAGGGAUGCACAGACGGGUGGUCUUACAACAUGACUGAGAUGACCUCCACCAUCAUUUCUGAUUGGCACCUGGUGUGUGAUAUGCGCUCUCUGAAGGAAAUGGGUCAGACUGUCUACAUGGGAGGUGUUCUUGUGGGAGCUAUUGUCUUUGGUGGUCUGUCAGACAGAUACGGUCGACGCAACCUCCUUCUUUUCUCUCACCUGCUGAUGGCCACGGCUGGAACCUGCGCUGCUUUCUCCACCUCUUUCUCGCUCUUCUGCCUGUUCCGGUUCAUCUGUGGCAUGUCUCUGUCCGGCAUGGGGCUCAACACCUUCUCACUCAUUGUGGAGUGGAUCCCCACUCGCGUACGGACUGUGGUGGGGACAUUAACGGGCUACUGUUACACAGUGGGACAGCUGAUCCUGGCAGUUGUAGCUUACUACAUCCGAGACUGGAGGUGGUUGACCCUGGCUGUGUCGUUACCCUUUUAUGUCUUCUUCCUCUACGCAUGGUGGCUCCAUGAGUCUUCAAGAUGGUUAGUCCUGAGUAACAACCCUGAGAGAGCCGUCAAGAACCUCAAAAGCGUAGCUAAAUUUAAUGGACGUCAAGAGGAAGGAGAAAAAAUUGACGUUAAAAUGGUGCAGGAGUCGAUGAAGAAGGAGCUGUCCUGUUCUCAGGGCACCCACACUGUCCUGGAUCUGUUCCGUACAACCACAAUGAGAUCUAUGACAAUCAGCCUCAGUGCCGUCUGGUUAUCAACAAGUUUUGCCUAUUACGGUCUUGCAAUGGAUCUGCAGAAGUUUGGGGUGGACAUCUAUCUGAUUCAAGUGAUCUUUGGAGCUGUCGACAUCCCGGCUAAAGUCGUCAUAACUGUGACGAUGAGCUUCAUUGGAAGGCGUCCCUCUCAAUGUGGUGCUCUCAUUGUGGCAGGAGUGACUAUUCUGGCCAACCUGUUGGUACCAAACGAUCAACAGACUUUACGCACCAGUCUGGCUGUGGUGGGUAAAGGCUGCCUUGCUGCCUCCUUUAACUGCUGCUACCUUUACACUGGAGAGCUUUAUCCUACUAUCAUUCGUCAGAAUGGCAUGGGCUGGGUGUCUAUGAUGGCUCGAGUUGGAGCCAUGGUGGCCCCGAUGGUGCUACUCACAGGGGACUACAGGCCUUGGUUGCCAGGUCUGAUCUAUGGAGGAGCUCCUAUUAUCAGUGGAGUGGCUGCAAUAUUCCUUCCGGAAACACUUGGAUCACCCCUUCCUGACACAAUACAGGACGUGGAGGACAGAGGAUCUGGGAGAACCUCCAAAAAGACACCAAAGGAGGCAAUAAUCUUGCAAGACACCCAGUCAAAUCUCCUAAAGCAGGCUGCCUGAGGGCAUCUCUGCACUGCUCCUGAUGUUUUUACUGACAUGUUAAUGAAACUAGAGUGGGUGCUGCUUUCUCUCUGGCCUGCUUGUAUGUGUUGAUUUUCAUUUUGAGUGUAUUAUUUGACAUGAACGCUGGAAAAAAGGAGUGUCAAUGUUUUUAUGAACAGGUCAAACAGUGAAAUGAAUAGAUGCCAAAAAAUCAGUUUUAUGUUUAUUUUAUAUACACUAGCUUGUGUCUUGAAACAAAUUGUUUUAUAUUUUAUAUCUAUGUAUACAAAGAGGGUAUAAUUCUUAA